UUUGCGUUUGACUUGUGACUAAUCAACUUUUAUUUGUUUUAACGAUUAAAGGAUAACGUAAAUUUCUCUCCCACUGCGCAAUCGAUUUAAAAUUAUAGCUUAAAGAAUAAUAGCAAAUUUAUACAAGCAAUAAAACUUUUACCGCAAGUUUUUAAAAAAUGAUACGAAAUGCUCUGUCAGAACAUCGACAAGUUGACGACAAGUAUCCAAAGAAAAUUGAUAAAUACAGUGAGGUAAAUGCUCUAAAGAUAAUGAAGCCAUUUUUGAAUAUUAUGCUGUCAAAAGGAAAUGAAAGAAACUUGAUUAGAUCUAGAAGUCUUUAUUUUGAAGUUUACCCAAUACCAAGUAAAAUUCAGCGUAAUGAGUUAAGCUCUGUUACAUCAAAUAGAAAAAAGGAUAAAAGCUUUCAUGAAGUCAUAGAAGAAGCAGAAAAUGAAACCGAUGAAAAUAAUGAAAACAAUGAAAACAAUAGUAGUCUUAAAAAGAAAAUUAGUUACUCUAAUGUAUUCAUACACAACAAUAUUGCUAAAUCCCAAACACAGCAGUCGAACUAUCAAUAUAGUCACCACAUAGAAACAAAAUUUACUCAAGAAUCAAGUCCGAUAUGUUCCAAAUUUAAAAACGGGUUACUAAAAGACGCGGCUCUUCCAACAAUAUCAGAACCUUUAUUAGAAUUUCAAACAAACGACUUUUCUGAUACAACCGAUUCAACUGAGCAAAAAAACGUCGAACAAGAAAUUACAAAACUAUUACGCUUUUAUAAUAGAAGAUAUAGUACAUGAAGCGAUAAA